AUGGGUCGUACUGUCGACCAAGAGGUACACGCGGCGUUUGUCGAAUUCCGCGCCAAGGAAGAUGACAAGGUGCGUUGCGUUGUGUAUUUCUGUCUCUCCGUUCAGUGUAUCUACUGCCAACAAAUUCGUGCAAAGAACACCUCGCGCCAGAAACAACAUCUUCUUGAAUGUCCCGGUCUGCGCGGUCACCCUAACGCGCCGCAGCCUUCCCAGCCCGCCCAGGCCGCCCCCAACGGAAUCGGCCCUCCCAAUGGCUACCCUGGAACUCCAAAUGGCCCGACAGCGACCCCGUCAGGACCAUCCGGUCCUGGUACUAUUCCAGCACCCAAUGGCACCCUCAUGACCAAUGGUGUCAAUCCUCAUGCCACCCCAUUGCAGGCUCCGCUGCAGGCCCUCCAAAAUCGCGCCGCGAUGGCUACCCCAGUACAGGCAACCGGCCCUCCCUCGGCGCCGCCAAGUGCCGCGUCCCGGCCGACUCCAAAGCCAAAGUCGAAGAACUCGACUUCAAGCUUGCCUGCGCCUCCGCUCGAUGACGUACACGCAGCUUUUGUCGAGUUCCGCGCUAAGGAAGAAGACAAGUGCCUGUCUGUGCAAUGUAUUUACUGCCAGCAAGUCCGUGCAAAGAACACCAGUCGCCAGCGCCAGCACUUGCUCGAAUGCCCAACGUAUCUCAGUGUCAUGAAAGACUCAAUUCCCGCCAACAACCUGCUCCACACAUUCCCUGAAGGCGAUGUCGCCCGCUCACUACAGAUCCCUGCGCCCACGCUGGAGCUGGACUUCCGCAUGAGCAUCAAAAUGAACCCGAAGGUGAACGUCGGUGCCGGUAUUUGGGGUCAACGUGAAUGGGUAUCGUUUAUCGGCGGUCAAUGGGCUGGCCGGUGGGGCAAGGGAAUUGUUUUGCCCGGUGGUCAAGAUACCCAGCUUGUGACCAAGGACUCAGCUACCAAUCUGAGCGCCAGUUUUAUGCUUCAGACAGUCGAUGACCCACCAGCAUUCAUUGUUGUUCGCACAGAUGGCUGGUUGACGGGCGCCAAAGAUGUACUCGAGAAGGUCAUUGAUUCUAAUAUGGCAGAUGGCGUCAACCCGGGCAGCUAUAAGUAUCGCGUCAACCUUUCCAUGGAGACCGGUGAUGAGCGGUACACAUUCUUAAACACGUUGAUGUGGAUCGGUAGCGGUUGCCGCAGAGGACAUGAGGUCAUCUUCGACUCGUUCCGUGUCAACUAG